GAACUCGGAGACCAUGUCUGCAGAAUUCUUUUCAUCUACAAGAGAGGAGGGAAGCCCUGGCUCAGGACCUAGUUUUAGGUCCAAUCAGAGGAAGAUAUUAAACCUGCUCCUGGAGAGAGAUACUUCCUUUUCCAUCAGUUCAGAUCUCCCUAGAACUCCAGUGGAGAAGAAACUUUUUGGUGAUUCUGCAAACCUAAGCAUCUUGUCCGGAGAAACCCCAAAACGUUGCCUUAAUCUUUCGAAUCUUAGCAGCGGGGAGAUGUCUGCCACUCAGUUUACCACUUCUUCAGACCUUGAUGAAACUGGUCACUUGGAUUCUACAGGACCUGAGGAAAUACAGUUAGCUGGGAUGAAUUAUCACCAACACCUUGUAAAAUGCAGCCCAGCACAGCUGCUUUGUAGCACUCCGAAUGCUUUGGACCAUGGCCACAGGAAGAAAGAUGCAAUAUGUAGCUCAUCCGCAGAUAAAGAGAAUGACAAUGGAAACUUGGUGGAAAGUGAAAUGAAAUAUCUGGACAGUCCUAUUACUACAGUUUCAAAAUUAGAUAAAAAUCCAGAGCUAGGAGAAAACCAGACAGAGGAGAUUUCAGAUGAGUUGAUGGAGUUUUAUCUGGAAGAUCAAGAAGAGGCCAAGGCAUCUGUGAACAGGAGCUGCCUGUAUCGCUCCUCUUCGUUGCCAGACAGUUUGAACAGUCCAAGACUGAAGCAGAUGGUAAAAUUCAAGGACAACACAAUACCAGAUAAAGUAAAAAAGAAGUAUUGUUCUAGCCACAAAGAGCUCAGGAAGGGCUUAGGUAUAAAGAAAAUGGUCUCCCUCUGUGACAUUAAUAUGGCUCAGAUGCUGGAGGAAGAUUCUAACCAGGGGCCUCUGAUUGGUGAUUUCUCCAAGGUAUGUGCGCUGCCGACCGUGUCAGGGAGACACCAAGAUCUGAAGUACGUCAACCCAGAAACAGUGGCUGCCUUGCUUUUGGGGAAGUUCCAGGGUCUGAUAGAGAAAUUUUAUAUCAUCGAUUGCCGCUAUCCAUAUGAGUUCCUGGGAGGACACAUCCAGGGAGCUUUAAACUUGUACAGUCAAGAAGAACUAUAUAACUUUUUUCUGAAGAAACCCAUUGUCCCGUUGGAUACUCAGAAAAGAAUAAUCAUUGUGUUCCACUGUGAAUUCUCCUCAGAGAGGGGUCCCCGAAUGUACCGCUCUCUGAGACAAGAGGACAGGGCUGUGAACCAGUAUCCUGCACUAUACUACCCAGAGCUGUAUAUCCUCAAAGGGGGCUACAGAGACUUCUUUCCAGAAUAUAUGGAGCUGUGCGAACCACAGAGCUACUGCCCUAUGCAUCACCAGGACCAUAAGGCUGAGCUGCUGAGGUGUCGAAACCAGAGCAAAGCAUGGGAAGGGGAGCGGCAGCUGCAGGAACAGAUUGCCUUACUGGUGAAGGAUGUGAGCCCAUGAUAUCAGAUCACCCACUGGCUGCCUAGGACUCACCAAAAGACACUGUAGAAACCCUAAGCAGAAAGAGGCCAUCUUCUAUUCAGCUAAACCCAAGAUGUUAAGAGAUGUCAGCAAACCAACAGGCUGCCAAACUACUGAAAUCCCAGGCCUGGGGACUGGUUAGGUGUCAGUAGAGCUGCUGGCUGGUGGGAAGUCCUGGAGCUGGCUCUGUAAGGCUGGAGCCUUGG